AACACACUAAGCCUCUUUGAACUCUUCCCAAGUUGCACGUACUUUGCGAGUCACAACAUGCAAACAGACAAUUCAAAUGUCAAUCUUUCGACGGUCUCGGAUAUCAUUGUUGCGCUGCAGACCAUCCUAUGUUCACGAGCAACUAUACCCGACCUCGAAACGCCGUACUCCCGAACCACGUUCCCCAAUCCCAAUCACUGUGCAAUUGAGCUCAAAGACCAGAGCAUCAGUGCCAUUAUCACCGAACGCCAACACCAGUUGGAAGCACUUUCGCACGACAUCUCCGGUCUGCAAACAGUCAUGGAUGGUAUCCACACACUUCAGCAGCAACUCUUCGAGCAGAAGAACAAAAUCAUCGAAUCCAUUAAUUUGCACAAGAGGCUCGUAUCACCCCUCUGGCGCUUGCCAACUGAAGUCCUGUCCCAAAUAUUUUGCCACUGUCUCCCGCAAAUUCCGGAACUAGAUCAAUUGCGGCGCCCAUCAAAGCUAACAGCACCUAUGCUGUUGACCAAAAUAUGUCGACGGUGGAGGGAAAUUGCUGUGGGCAUGCCUAACUUGUGGUGUGUGCUGUGUGUAGAAAGCGACGACAGAAAUUGGCAGCAGGCGACCUUCUUCUACGACACUUGGCUCAAGCGAGCACGAGGACGUCCGCUCUCGUUAAGACUCCAUUUCUACUCAGAUGUUCACUCGACCAAGCUACGACACCUUAUUCAGCCUUACGUCAAUCAAAUUUCAUCUCUCUCUGUCGGUUGUUACUAUGCCAGCUCGGACACACCUGAACACAAUAUAUUCAGCAACCUCCUAGCACUUCAGGAGAUGUCCGUGUACAUUUAUACCUAUAUCCCCGGUGAUAAUAUGCCAGCUAUUUUUCGCGUAGGAGGGUGGUCAUUCGACUCCGACGAGGUAUCCUCUUGCAAUCCCGUAUGGGCCCACCUGACGUCACUCAGUAUCAGAGUACGGGAAGCAAAAGCUGCUCUCCACUUGCUCCAGCUAGCCCCCAAUCUAUCGUUGCUAAUGAUUCGCAUCACAUUCGAUGACGUCCAAGCGUUAGGACCAUUCACACACACAAACCUUCAAACUUUAGGCAUUUAUUGUGAUUAUCCUGAUGAAUCAGGGUCCCAAUUCUGCGACCUGCUCGACGCUCUCUCACUCCCCACUCUACGCGUACUUUAUGUUUACGGUGUACCAGAGUGGCCUCAUGAGGAGUUCAAAGCAUUCCUGGCACGGUCAGAGUGUCCACUGGAGAGUCUGAUCGUCCACAGUGGAGAGGAGACAGAUGAGCAGCAAGCAGAAUAUCUUGCCCUUAUUCCUUCUUCGCUCCAAUUUGUAUCGUAUUGAUACUUUGCACUAUUCGUUACAGGUUUUGUUAUAUAUGAUGGCCAGUCGUGCUACUCCGUAUACUCUACUACCAUGCUGUAUGCUACCAGCCUUGUUGAAGACUCUUAUUACAACUUUGAAAGAUGACAUCGCUGCAGACCAUGCCUAAAUUUGUUUAUGGCAUUCGUAAACUUAUCACCCAUUAUGACUUUUCCCUGCUUA